CUACACAGAUCCAUCACACCUUUCGUCGACGUCGACCUCCCGUACGUCAUUUCAUCAAUUUAUAUCACCACAACCAUCGCAUUCACUAGAUUCACCUCUUUAUUCUCUCUCUCUCUCUCUCACAUCCUCGAUCAUCAUCCACUGUAAUUUGCAGACGAACGCUCUUAAACAUACAUCUACUCGGUUACUUGUACGUAUAAAGCAUCAAAAUAGAGCUGUGAAGAGAUUGGAAAGUAGCGGUUGAGAUCGUCGGAGCAGAAAUGGCGGGCCACGAAUCAGGCCCACAGGGGCUGACGAGGCGACCGUCACGCAGCGCUGCGACCACCACUUUCUCCAUGGAGGUCUUCGACAACGAGGUCGUUCCCACUUCCCUCAGUUCCAUCCGCCCAAUCCUCCUCGUCGCCACCGAGAUCCAAAACGAGCGCCCUCGCGUCGCCUAUCUCUGUCGGUUCUACGCCUUCGAGAAAGCACACAGGUUGGACCCGAGCUCGAGCGGUCGCGGUGUGCGACAGUUCAAAACAGCUCUGCUUCAGCGAUUAGAGCGGGACAAUGCGUCGAGUCUGGCCUCUCGGGUUAAGAAAACUGAUGCAAGGGAAAUCGAGAGCUUCUACCAACAAUACUAUGAACACUACGUCAGAGCACUGGACAAGGGGGAACAAGCAGAUAGAGCGCAACUCGGCAAAGCUUACCAGACAGCCGGAGUUCUUUUUGAAGUCCUCUGUGCCGUUAACAAAACUGAAAAAGUGGAAGAAGUUGCUCCCGAGAUUAUUGCUGCAGCAAAAGAUGUCCAGGCAAAGAAGGAAAUCUACGCUCCUUAUAACAUUCUUCCUCUGGAUUCUGCUGGGGCAUCACAGGCCAUCAUGCAGCUUGAAGAGGUUAAGGCUGCUGUGGCUGCACUAUGGAACACGCGUAGCUUGAACUGGCCAACUUCAUUUGAGCAGCAGAGGCAGAAAGCAGGGGAAUUGGACCUUCUUGAUUGGCUUAGAGCCAUGUUUGGGUUUCAGAGAGACAAUGUCAGGAACCAGAGGGAGCAUUUGAUUCUGCUUCUUGCCAAUGUUCAUAUAAGGCUUAACCCGAAGCCUGAGCCUCUAAGCAAGCUUGAUGAUAGAGCUGUUGAUGCAGUUAUGAACAAGGUCUUUAAGAACUACAAAACAUGGUGCAAGUUCUUGGGGAGAAAACACAGUUUACGGCUCCCACAAGGGCAACAAGAAGUACAACAGAGAAAGAUACUUUAUAUGGGCCUCUAUCUUCUUGUCUGGGGUGAGGCAGCUAAUGUACGGUUUAUGCCAGAAUGCCUAUGUUACAUCUUUCAUAAUAUGGCAUACGAGCUUCAUGGUUUGUUGGCUGGAAAUGUUAGCAUUGUCACCGGAGAAAACAUUAAGCCUUCUUAUGGAGGAGAUGAUGAGUCUUUCCUGCGGAAGGUUAUAACACCCAUUUACCGAGUUAUUGAUAGGGAAGCCAAGAAGGGUAAAAAUGGAAAAGCCCCUCACACAGCUUGGUGCAAUUAUGAUGAUCUGAAUGAGUAUUUCUGGUCCACUGAUUGCUUCUCUUUGGGUUGGCCCAUGCGUGAUGAUGGUGAUUUUUUCAAAUCAACACGUGACAUAACACAGGGACGACAAGCGGCUAGUGUAAAGUCUGGAAGCACAGGCAAAUCAUAUUUUUCUGAGACACGUUCAUUCUGGCAUAUCUUCCGAAGUUUUGAUCGUUUGUGGACAUUUUAUAUGCUAGCUUUACAGGCUAUGGCUGUCAUUGCAUGGAAAAAUAUUUCUCCAUUGGAUAUUUUUCGGAAAGAUGUCUUAUAUAGCCUUUCCAGUAUUUUCAUUACGGCAGCCUUUCUUCGGUUCCUUCAAAGUAUGUUGGACCUUAUUUUGAACUUCCCUGGCUAUCAUAGAUGGAAAUUCACUGAUGUUGCAAGAAACAUUUUGAAGAUAGUUGUUAGUCUCGCAUGGAGCGUCAUUCUUCCACUGUGUUAUGUGCAAUCAUUCCAAGUGGUCCCCGAAAAAAUAAAAAAUAUGCUUCCAUUCCUUAAUAAACUGAGAGGCAUUCCAUCUCUGUACAUCAUUGCUGUUGCAAUGUAUUUGCUUCCGAAUUUACUGGCAGCAGCAUUAUUUAUUUUUCCUAUGCUCCGACGUUGGAUUGAGAACUCAGACUGGCACAUAAUAAGGUUUCUUCUGUGGUGGUCACAGCCCAGAAUUUAUGUUGGGCGGGGAAUGCAUGAAAGUCAAUUUGCACUUAUAAAGUAUACUCUUUUCUGGGUGUUACUUCUCUGUUCCAAAUUCACAUUUAGUUUUUUCAUCCAGAUAAAACCUCUGGUGAAGCCAACAAAAGAUAUAAUGAGUAUUCGUCGUGUUCAGUAUACUUGGCAUGAGUUUUUCCCAGAAGCUCAAAACAACUAUGCAGCAGUUCUCUCACUCUGGGCACCUGUAAUCUUGGUUUAUUUUAUGGAUACUCAAAUUUGGUAUGCUAUUUUCUCAACUCUGUGUGGUGGUGUUAUUGGGGCCUUUGAUCGUUUAGGAGAGAUACGAACACUAGGCAUGCUCAGGUCACGGUUCCAGUCUUUACCUGGUGCAUUCAAUACAUAUUUGGUUCCUUCUGAUAAGACUAAGAAAAUGGGAUUUUCUCUCGCAAAACGUUUUUCUGAGGUUACAGCAAGCAAAAGAAGUGAAGCUGCAAAAUUUGCUCAGUUAUGGAAUGAAAUAAUAGUAAGUUUCCGUGAAGAAGAUCUCAUAAAUGACAGGGAGAUGGAUCUGUUACUAGUUCCUUAUUCAUCAGAUCCUAGCCUGAAACUAAUUCAGUGGCCACCUUUUCUGCUUGCGAGCAAGAUUCCGGUCGCAUUGGAUAUGGCGGUCCAAUUUCGAUCUAAAGAUUCUGACCUCUGGAGGCGUAUAUGUGCGGAUGAAUAUAUGAAAAGUGCUGUUAUUGAAUGCUAUGAGUCUUUCAAACUUGUGCUGAAUGCUUUGGUUGUUGGAGAAACUGAGAAAAGGAUAAUUGGCAUCAUUAUUAAAGAAGUCGAAAAUAACAUCGGAAAGAAUACAUUUCUCGCAAAUUUUAGAAUGGGUUCUUUACCUACUCUUUGCAAAAAGUUUGUGGAACUUGUGGAAAUUUUGAAAGAUGCUGAUCCAUCAAAGCGGGAUAUUGUGGUGUUGUUGCUGCAAGACAUGUUAGAAGUAGUUACCCGUGACAUGAUGGUUACCGAGAUUCGUGAAGUGGUGGAACUUGGUCAUAGUAGCAAGGAUUCUGGAAGGCAACUUUUUGCUAAUACCGAUGCAAAACCUGCUAUUGUGUUCCCUCCUGCUGUUACAGCACAGUGGGAAGAACAGAUAAGACGCCUCUAUAUGCUCUUGACAGUAAAAGAAUCCGCCAUUGAUGUGCCCAUAAACCUUGAAGCACGCCGAAGGAUAGCAUUCUUUACAAAUUCUUUGUUCAUGGAUAUGCCACGUGCUCCCCGAGUUCGCAAAAUGCUGUCAUUCAGUGUCAUGACUCCGUACUAUAGUGAGGAAACUGUCUAUUCUAAAAGUGACCUCGAGUUGGAGAAUGAAGAUGGUGUAUCAAUCAUAUUCUACCUGCAAAAAAUCUUCCCAGAUGAAUGGAAUAACUUCUUGGAGCGAAUUAAUUGUAAAAAUGAAAGUGAGGCCUGGGAAAAUGAAGAGAAUGUGUUGCAGUUGCGCCAUUGGGUUUCCUUAAGAGGACAGACUCUAUGCAGAACAGUCAGAGGAAUGAUGUAUUACCGAAGGGCUUUGAAGCUUCAGGCUUUUCUUGACAUGGCUUCUGAAAAAGAUAUACUUGAAGGUUACAAAGUUGUCACAGUUCCAUCGGAGGAAGAUAAGAAGAGUCAAAGAUCCUUAUAUGCUCAAUUAGAGGCUGUAGCAGACAUGAAAUUCACUUAUGUUGCUACCUGUCAGAAUUAUGGAAAUCAGAAGCGGAAUGGAGAUCGUCGUGCAACGGAUAUUUUGAAUUUGAUGGUUAACAACCCAUCUCUCCGUGUUGCAUAUAUUGAUGAAGUUGAAGAGAGGGAAGGUGGAAAGGUACAGAAGGUAUACUAUUCUGUGUUGGUCAAAGCUCUUGAUAAUCUUGAUCAGGAAAUCUUCCGUAUAAAGUUGCCGGGUUCAGCAAAGGUAGGAGAAGGAAAGCCUGAAAAUCAGAACCAUGCUAUUGUUUUUACUCGAGGGGAAGCACUUCAGACCAUUGACAUGAACCAGGACAAUUAUUUGGAAGAGGCUUUCAAAAUGCGUAACCUACUGGAAGAGUUUAACGAGGAUCACGGGGUACGUCCACCUACAAUUCUAGGUGUUCGUGAGCAUAUCUUCACUGGAAGUGUUUCUUCUUUGGCUUGGUUUAUGUCAAAUCAAGAAACGAGCUUUGUCACCUUAGGUCAAAGAGUUCUUGCAAGGCCUUUGAAGGUUCGGUUCCACUAUGGGCAUCCAGAUGUGUUCGACAGAAUUUUCCACAUUACUCGUGGUGGAAUCAGCAAAGCCUCUCAGGGCAUCAAUCUAAGCGAGGAUAUUUUUGCGGGUUUCAAUUCAACACUGAGACGUGGAAAUAUCACGCACCAUGAGUAUAUCCAAGUAGGAAAGGGAAGAGAUGUUGGCCUCAACCAAAUUUCUCUUUUUGAAGCGAAAGUGGCCUGUGGUAAUGGGGAGCAAACGAUCAGCCGGGAUAUAUACAGAUUAGGCCAUCGUUUCGACUUCUUUCGCAUGCUGUCAUGUUAUUUUACUACUACUGGGUUUUAUUUCAGCUCAAUGAUAGUUGUCUUCACAGUUUAUGCAUUCUUGUAUGGCAGACUCUACCUAUCAUUGAGUGGAUUGGAAAAGGCAAUCAUGAAAUUCGCAAGGUCCAAGGGAAAUGAUCCUCUGAGGGCUGCCAUGGCUUCACAGUCUGUUGUUCAAAUAGGUCUCUUGAUGGCCUUGCCCAUGGUUAUGGAAAUGGGACUCGAAAAAGGGUUCAUAACUGCAUUAGGUGACAUAAUAAUCAUGCAACUUCAGCUAGCUGCUGUCUUCUUCACUUUCUCUCUUGGGACAAAGGCCCAUUAUUUUGGGCGCACAGUCUUGCAUGGUGGGGCCAAGUACAGAGCCACUGGACGCGGUUUUGUUGUUCGACAUGAGAAGUUUGCUGAGAACUACAGGAUGUACUCCAGGAGCCAUUUUGUAAAAGCUCUGGAACUUAUGAUACUGCUUAUAGCAUAUCGUAAUUACAGCUCAGACCCUAAUUCUUAUGCGCUUCUCAGUUUCUCAAUGUGGUUUCUAGUGGUUUCUUGGUUGUUUGCUCCUUUCCUGUUUAAUCCUUCGGGAUUUGAGUGGCAGAAGAUAGUGGAUGACUGGGACGAUUGGACAAAGUGGAUUAGCAGCCAGGGUGGUAUUGGUGUGCCAGCAACCAAGAGCUGGGAGUCCUGGUGGGAGGAGGAACAGGAACACCUGCAGUACACUGGGUUGCUCGGACGCUUCUGGGAAAUUGUUCUUUCCCUCCGGUUCCUUGUCUACCAAUAUGGUAUUGUGUAUCAUCUGCAUGUAGCCAAUGGUGACACAAGCCUUAUGGUCUACGCUCUGUCUUGGCUGGUCAUUGUUGCUGUAAUGAUCAUCUUGAAGAUUGUGUCCAUGGGUAGGAAGAAGUUCAGUGCAGAUUUCCAGCUGAUGUUCAGACUUCUCAAGCUGUUCCUGUUUAUUGGAUUCGUGGUCACUGUGGUCAUGUUGUUUGCAUUCCUCAAUCUUACUGUGGGAGACAUCUUUGCCAGUUUACUGGCCUUCAUGCCAACAGGAUGGGCUCUUCUGCAGAUAGGACAAGCAUGUAGGCCAGUGGUAAAGGGCUUGGGAAUGUGGGGUUCGGUCAAAGCUCUAGGAAGAGGAUACGAGUACAUAAUGGGGGUUGUCAUCUUUGUACCUAUUGCUGUGUUGGCGUGGUUCCCAUUUGUCACAGAAUUCCAGACCAGGUUGCUAUUCAACCAAGCUUUCAGCCGAGGGCUUCAGAUUCAACGCAUUCUCGCUGGUGGGAAGAAGCAGAAGCAGAAGUAAUUAAGUACAAGUAAAAUACUUUCUGCACACAAUUUGAUUUGUGGGGAGAGAGAGAGAGAGAGAGAGAGAGAGAGAGAGAUGCAUGAUUGCAAUGUCAAGUUUACUCAAUUGUAUAUUGAUCUCCUCCACUUUCUUCUUCUUCAGAUCAGCUAUACUGGAAAUGAAUUUUAAUUCUCUUUGGUC